ACACCCUCAAUUCCUAUAAAUAAUACCCCAAAAGCUUCUCAAUUCAUCACUUCAAAUCUUAUUUUUAACCUAUUGCAAAAGAUGGGUGGAAAGGGGUUCACUGUUGACAUGAGCAAACCCAUUGCACUCCAGGUCGGUCACCUUGGAGAUGCGUACCAGGAGUGGGCUUACCAACCUGUUCUCACCGAGGGAAGUCCUCGCUAUUUCGAGAGCGAUUUUUUGGAGAUGAACACCCGGACCGUGUGGUGGGCAAUCCCUGCGUUUUGGCUGCCGAUUGCAUUUUGGUGCAUCACAAUGUCAUACAACAUGGGGCAUACACUUCCCCAAGUGGUCUACAUGUCUUUUCUGGGAUGUCUCGUGUGGUCAUUCGCUGAGUACUGUUUUCACCGUUUCCUUUUCCACAUGAAUACAAAGAGUUAUUUGGCAAACACCUUUCACUUUCUCAUGCAUGGUUGCCACCACAAGUUCCCCAUGGAUGGCUCACGCCAUGUUAUUCCACCAACCGGAGUUUCUGUACUAGCCGCUUUGCUCUGGUUCAUGUAUGGAUUGUGGUUCACUCAAUCCACAAGACCAGCUUUGUAUGGAGGUGGAGUGAUUGGAUAUGUUAUUUAUGAUUUGACCCAUUACUACUUACACCAUGGCCAGCCUACCAAUCAAUACCUUAAAGCCAUUAAGAAGGCUCACAUGAGUCAUCACUUUAAGAUUCAAGAUAAGGGCUACGGUAUAACUUCAGCAUUAUGGGACAGAGUCUUUGGUACCCUUCCAACCCCCAAGGCAACUAAGAAGGGCGAGUAGAAAAUACCUUUAAAUUUACGGAUGUUUUACUUUGUUUCUUAACAAAACUUAAAGUAUUUUCGUAUAAUUAAAGAUGUUUUCAAAUGAAAAAGGGUAUUUUGUACUUGUGAUGGGGAAUGUGAGAUUGGCUUAACAUCUCACCUUUAAAUAAACAGUGUAUUGUUCC